CCACUAGACACAACUUUCUCCAUUCCUUAAAAACCAUCACAACACCAAAGACAGAACAAAGAAAAAAACAAUACUAGAGAAACAAAGACAUGGUUUUAUUAUCCCAAUCCCAAACAGAAUUACCCUUAAACGAGAAUGACUCACAAGACAUGGUCAUAUACCAAGUUCUAAACGAAGCAAAUUCUCUAAACAACACAUUUGUACCACAAAGGAAUCACCAACAAGCUUUGAAUGGCUUAGAGCCAACAAGGACUAUUGCCAAGAAGCACUACAGAGGUGUGAGGCGCCGUCCUUGGGGGAAAUACGCAGCCGAGAUUCGUGACUCGGCUCGACAUGGAACAAGAAUAUGGCUUGGAACAUUCCAAACAGCUGAAGAAGCUGCUUUGGCUUAUGAUAGAGCUGCUUUUAAAAUGAGAGGUUCAAAGGCUUUGCUCAAUUUCCCAGCUGAAAUUGUUGCUGCAGCUUCCGUGCAGAUCAAGUUGUCUAAUUCUAUGAUCAACAUCAAUAAUAAUAAUCGUGAGUCUGAAUCAAGUGCUACUAGCUCUGGCUCAAUUUCCAAUUCCAAUUCCAAAAGGACUCGGUUUGAAAAGAGAGAAGAUUAAUUAAUUUAAUAUAAUAUGUUAAAAGGUUUUUUUUUUUUUCUUCAUUUUAGUGUUCUGUUUUUGUGUCUCUCGUGAGUCUAUUCUAUCCCCGAGUUUGUAUAUAAAGAUAGAUUAGUGUUAUUGUGCAACAAAUCAAAGGGAAAAUGUAAGCAUAGUAUAAACAUUGAUGCAGAAAUUUAAACUGAAUUUAUUUAGUUAAAUGUGAAAUCUAAGUUAGUUUCUAGGUGGUUAGUUUGUUAACUCUCCACUAGUUUUAUAUAAAGAGCAUAUCUUGUAUUCAUUAUAUAUUUUUUUGUAAUAUUUUCAUAUAAUUGUCAAAUAUACUUUAAUCGUCUUCAA